AUGAAUGUAAAGAGUUGGAUUCCUGGCUUAUAUUUAGAGUGGAAAAAUCUAAAUUAUAAUGUGCCGGCCAAAGAACAGAAUAAUUAUAACUUCUGGCAAACCUGUCAAGUUCAAAAGGAUGUACAAAUUCUUAAUAAUGUCAGCGGUCAUAUGAAAACAGGUGAUUUGGUGGCCGUAUUGGGCUGUAGCGGUGCUGGUAAAACAACAUUAUUGGCAGCAAUAUCGCAACGUUUACGUGGUAAUUUGACCGGUGAUGUAGUGGUUAAUAGUGUAGCAAUGGAACGAACACAAAUGAUACGUAUUUCAAGCUUUCUACCGCAAUUUGACAUUAAUGUACAAACAUUCACAGCCUAUGAACAUUUGUAUUUUAUGUCACAUUUUAAAAUGCAUCGGAAAGCAACGAAAACGCAAAAGCGUCAACGCGUCAACGAUUUGCUUUGGGCCGUGGGCUUAAGAGAUGUCGCUCAUACACGUUUGCAACACUUGUCGGGUGGUGAACGUAAACGUUUAAGUUUAGCUGAAGAGCUUAUAACGGAUCCACCAUUUCUGUUUUGCGAUGAACCGACAACCGGUUUAGAUAGCUAUAAUGCCUAUAGUGUCGUGAAGACUUUACGUCAUCUAUGUACCAGACGUCGUUUGAAUCUGGAUAGUCUGACUACGUUGUAUGGUGAAGAUACUUCUCAGUCUUCACUUAGUACCGAAAGUAGUCCUACUAAUUCGAUAGAAAUGGAAUCGUUCAAUGCCGUGACAAACUCUGAGAAAAGCUUAUCCAAUACCAAUAUAAAACGCCGCCAUAAGAAAGCCGUCAUGUGUUCUAUACAUCAACCGACCUCCGAUAUAUACGAAUUAUUUACGCACAUUAUAUUAAUGGAUGCUGGACGAGUAGUUUAUCAGGGAAGAACUGAAGAAGCUAAAGACUUCUUUACAAGAUUAGGUUAUAUUUUACCGCAAAAUUGCAAUCCUGCGGAUUUUUAUUUAAAAACUAUAUCUGAUAGUCAUACGAACCGUACGGAUGGUUCAUUAAUUAAGAGAAAAUAUGACUAUCAAAUUUCGGGUUUAUAUGGAGGAAGCUGGUUACUACCUAAAUAUUAUGCUGGUGACUAUUUAAGCAAAUAUAAAAAUUUUGAAAAGAUAUGGUGGCCGUUCCAAGUUUACCUAUUAUUGAAACGCUUGAUUACUGAGGAUCUGCGCAAUAUGCAACCAGGUCUUAUAGGUCUUGGAUUAUUUAUGAUUACUUCAGUGACUUUGGCGAUUAUGUAUUCCGGUAUAGUUAAUAUGACUCAGACAUCCAUACAAGACAUAGAUGGUUCAAUUUUUAUGCUUAGCAAUGAGAUUGUAUUCACAUUUUCUUAUGGGGUCGCUUAUGUGUUUCCCUCCGCUUUGCCUAUAAUGCGUCGCGAAGUAGGCGAGGGCACGUACAGUCUUUCCGCCUAUUAUGUAGCAGUUGUCUUGGCUUAUCUACCUGUUGCUUUCUUCAAAAGCUUUUUGUUCUUCUCUGUCGUUUAUGGCUUCAUUUAUUUCGAACGUGGUUUUACAUUAUUCCUAAGCAUGGGUUUAGUUUUAAGUCUUUCCGCGAUUGUUGCCACCGGUUAUGGUCUUUUCAUAUCGAGUAUUUUUGAGACGGAAAAAAUGUCCACGGAAUGUGCCGCGCCUUUCGAUUUGCUUUUUCUCAUCUUUGGCGGAGCCUAUUAUAAUGUGGAUUCUCUACCAUUUCUGAAAUACUUAUCAUUGUUCUUCUAUUCGAAUGAAGCUUUAAUGUAUUCAUUUUGGAUAAACGUGGAUAACAUAGAGUGUUCUGAGAACGUUGAACAUCCCUGUUUUAAAAAUGGUUAUGAGAUUUUACAGCACAGUUCUUAUCGCACGGAUCCGGGCACCUUCUGGUUUGACUGCAUCGGUCUUUUGGUAAUAGCUGCAAUCUUUAAUAUCUUAGCUUUUUGUUUUAUACGAAAAUAUGUUAAACGAUGUGGUUAUUAUUAG